CUUUCGUUACUGCCAAGCUCCUAUUUAAGGCGAAGAGAAUGUUGUAGAUAUUAUCAACCAUUCUUCAAACAGAUGCUCACCACGUCGAUCCUGCAAGCAAGAUGCAUUGCUCAUGAUGAAUCAAGCAACUCUAAGUCUGAAUGCCUUUGUUUGUCUUUGUGUUUGGAAACCAAAGUAAUUAUUUAUACGGUUUAGGGGAUGAGAGUGGGAUAUUCACGGCGAGCAUCAAUAAGAACAACAUGAGCACAAAAUCUUCACUCCGGCAUCACUGGUGGAUGUAAACAUGAAGUGAUGUUGACUCCAUACGGAUGAUGACGGUUGGGUCAUUGGAGAAGAGAAUUGUUUACGUGGAAACUCGUGGCAUGAGAUAACUACGAAGGACCAUUGUGUGCUCCGCGAGGAGUAACUUGAUGCAUACUGCAUGGGCUCGGAACACUUGGCUUGUACAAUGGAGAAUUUGUAAGUUGUGUCGAAGGUGAAGUUGUUUGGAAUUUCACAAGAGACAAGGGGCACUCACUGCCUUUCUCUGUAGCGAAGCAAGGAAGACCCCACACAAGGACACCCCACUAAUUCGCUCUGUUUAGGGUGUCGGUGACAUGGACGAGAGAAGAUCGCUGGGAGCUUUUCGUGAGCGUCAGGGAUCUGGAAGAUUCCGUUGAAUCUGGUUGUGGCAGGACAGAGCUGUAAAAUUCCGCACGAGCUGGAGACACGAAAACUGUAGAGCGAAAGUAGGCAUUAGGCAAUUCGUAUUCGGGAUCGAGAGUGUCUGUUUGUGAGAUUUGAAAGAUAUGGAGGGUUUCACCACCGCUGCAGUUUCUAGGGAGUCUCAAGAUCCCACCCCUCGGAAGAGUAUUCAGAAGCUCUCGGAAUCGUUUUGCGCUCCCCAGUAUGCUGCCUCUCUCAAAUGUUUGGAUGACUCGGAUUACGAUAAAAGCAAGUGUCAAGACCAAUUUGAGGCUUACAAGGCAUGCAGGAAACAGGAGAGAGAAAUACGGCUUGAAGCUAAUCGCAAGAGCAAGCGAUUUUUCUGAACGAGGAGAUCUAUCCUAUUCAUGAUUCUUACCCGAUGUCAUGGAGAGACAUCGGAUACAGGCAGAGUUGUACUGGAGUUUGAAAUUUAUAAUCUCGCAGUGAAGCAGAUUGAUGUCAUCCAUGCAGUUUUUCCUGGCUCUUAAAGACACAUUGUAAAGACGGCCACAUUGGACCUCCUAGAGCUGAGAAUAUUCGAAUAUAGUGUCAAGAGCUGCAGCAGGUGUGGCUGUCUGAGAUCUUAGGCAUUACCUAAUCAAUGGAAGACCUUGACUUGGGUAUAUGAAGUGGUUUUCUAGGCUUCACGAGCAGCUUGCAGGAGGUCAGUAUGGAAGAGUUGACUCCUAGCUACGGAAGACAGUACUUUUGAUGCGAAGUCCUACAAAUCUCUCUCCAAGGCAGAUUGCUAUGAGAUGGUCAAACAUCCAGAUUCAAGUAGUAAAAAAGGACGGGGAUAUAUACAAGUGGAUGAAUAUGGAUGAAACCAAACUAGCUAGACUGGAGUAUCAAUAGCAUCAGAAAGGGAAAUAUACCAUCUUGCACCGGCAAUAUAGGAUACGUAGGUUGAAUGCACCGAAGGAACUCUGGCCGAUUGGUGUAAAUAUUACAGGAAAUUCCAAAGAAUCAUCAUACUCUUAUGGAUUGUAUCUACUAGUGUUCUAAAUGGAACAACGGCUAGAGAUUGUGAGAUCCAUGUGUCACAGCACGCACAUGUGUAUACAGUGAUCCAUUAAAACAAUGUGACUGAGUUAUGUUCUAUUUGCAAUAAGAAGCC